CAAUUUUUUCAUUAACAAUUGUUUACAAAAUAAUUUUAAUUAAAUAGUCGAUUACAUUUGAAUUAUUAUAAGUAUUUUUUAGUUUAUAAACAAUGUUAUAAUAUCAGUUUAUCAUUGCUUAUACUUUUGAUGAUAACAGCUUUAGAAUUUGGCUUUCAACUAUAGAAAAUGGUUUUCGUUUUUGUGAAGCACUGUAUUACAUGCGUUACUAUUGACAUUCUAUAACAAUUUUUUGAUAUCUAUAUUACAUUCAAUAUUGAUUUAUAAUGGAUAUGUUUAAUGGAAAACGGAAUACUCCAAAACUAAAAGACUCCAUGGGUAGAAAGCAGAAACAAGAUUCAGAAGAAGAAUCUGAAUGCCCUGAUCUUGAGUAUAACUAUGGAGACACAGACACUCAUCUCUGUGAAAUGGCAGAAUUAUAUAGUUACUCUGAGUUAGAAGAUUACCAGACCAAUAUUCAGGAAUUUGAAAGCAUAAUGAAAGCAAUGGACUUUAAACCAUCAUGGCAUAAUUUAAGUAUAGAAAAUAAAAAUAUGGUUGCAUUUAAACUACUUGAUUCAUUAGAAGUAUCGGAUAAAACAAAACGGAUGAAUGCAGCCAGAUGUGUAUUAUAUUUGUUACAAGGAUGUUGGGCAGAAUGUCAGUCAGAUAAAGAUCAACAGUCAAAUGCCAAAGAAAAUGUACUAUUUUUAUACAAAUUUGGUAUUUUUAAUGCAUUUGUAAAUCUGCUGAAUAUGGAAAUAGAGUCAGUACAAUUUCAUCGAAAAACUCAAAUUAACUGUACAGAUUCUACAAAUUUAAGAAUCAUUUUAAAUGUGUUGUAUACUUUUAUUGAAGUACUCAGAGUGUCAGAAUUUGAAGCAGAUGUUGAAUUCAAAGAAUUUAGAGAAAAUCUUUUAUCAGAUAUAGGUUUACCUUAUACAGAAGACCAUAUAGUAGUAAAACUAUUAGGCAUGAUUACUAAAUUUUGCAGUGGAUUGGCAUCAUAUUAUCCAAUGAAAAAAGUUUUAUUGUUGUUGUGGAAAUUAAUAUUAGUUCUACUCGGAGGAAUGGACACUUUAGCCAAUUUAAAAAACGAAUACCGAAAAAAAGUAGAAUUGCCAGAACUUCAAGAAGAUCCAAUUGAAAUAAUUAAAUCAAUGCGAUCGUCUUCACCACCACCAAGCUCCACAGAUAUGAUGAAUGCACAAAAACGUGGCACCCGUCAAAAGAGAGGCCUGAUAAAACAGAGUUCAUUAGACGAAUCUCUUGUAGUCAUGGAUUUAUCCUAUCAGAAUGAUGAAGAUUUACAAGACUAUGAAGAUCAGCAACUAGGAAUGGAUGAUAUUUCUAAUAUGAAAAAUAUUCAAGAAAUAAAUGAUUUUAGGCCACAAACACCACCUACACCACUAAUUAUAAAAGGCCUACCAUGGAUACCUAAAGUUCGCCAUAAAGACUUACAAUUUUUUUUGGAUCAAACUAGAAUUAAAUUUCUUGGUUUUAAAUUGGACAAUGAUAUUGAUACACUAAUUGGCUUACCUGAUCCCAUACAUGAAAGUGUAGCUAUUCUCAAACAAUAUAUGUAUACAUCAUUAGCUGAUUACCAAAUAAAAAAAGAAGAAACAAUUCAAAGAAAUCCGAUAAUUAUGGGCAAUGAAGAAGUUGACCAAACACCUGCAGAAGUUUUAUAUCAGGCUAUGUUGCCAAAUUUACCUCAACAUAUGAUUGCAUUAUUAAAAAUAUUAUUGGCUGCAUCACCUACUUCAAAAGCUAAAAGUGAUUCAAUUAAUAUAAUUGCUGAUAUAUUACCAGUUGACGUGCCAAUGUCAUUUUCUGAGUCAGUUAAGCUGGAAACUGAUAUUAAUAGACAGAAAGAAAUUGUAGUAAAAGCUAUAAGUGGUAUAUUGCUUUUAUUGCUGAAACAUUUUAAAGCAAAUCAUAUUUAUCAAUUUGAGUUUAUCUCACAACAUCUAGUGUUUGCAAAUUGCAUACCACUUGUAAUCAAAUUUCUGAAUCAAAAUCUCGUAUCUUAUGUAUCAUCUAAGAACACGAUUCCAAUACUAGAUUUUCCAACAUGUGUUAUUGGUGAUGGACCCGACCUUUCAUUAGAUAACAUUGAAAUAGGAGAGUUUCCAUUAUGUUCAUGGAGAAAUGUUUAUUCUUGUAUCAAUUUAUUAAGAGUCUUGAAUAAAAUAACAAAGUGGAAACAUUCAAGAAUUAUGAUGCUGGUUAUAUUUAAAUCUGCACCAAUAUUGAAAAAAUCAUUAAAAGUAAGACAUGCUAUGAUGCAGCUUUACAUUUUAAAACUGUUGAAAAUGCAAGCAAAAUACCUUGGCCGGGCAUGGCGAAAAUCAAAUAUGAAAACAAUGAGUACAAUAUAUCAAAAAGUUCGACACAGACUAAAUGACGAUUGGGCAUAUGGGAAUGAUCUUGAAGCACGCCCAACUGAUUUUCAAAUUGAAGAGCGGUUUUUGAGAUCAGCAGUUGAUAAAUUCCAUGCACGACGUUACUCUCCACAAUAUGAUGACGAACUUACUCCUAGUGAUUUUUCAAUCAAUACUGCUUUGGGAAAACCUAUUAAGUUAUCAAGUGAAUUCAGACAGCAUUACAUGAUUUGGUUGGAUCAAGAAGUGUUUCAGAAUAACAUUGAUUGGAAUGCAUUAAUCACGGACUAUGAAACUUAAACUAAAAGGAGCAUAAUAGUUAGAUGUAAUACUUUUAUAUCUUUUUAUUAAAUGCAUAAUAAAAUAAUAAAAUUAUAAUAUCCAAAAUAAUCAUAGUAUUUUUGUUUUUAUAAAAAAUAUACAUUAAUAGUUAUCAAUUUUUGAUUAAUACUCGUAUUAGUCGCAUUUACUUUAUAUUAUACUCUGAUAUCCAUAUUCUGAAAAAAAUGUACUUGUUAUUCAUAUACUAAAAUAUUAUGAACAUUAUUGGAUAUUAUUCAAAAUACUAAGUGUCUCAUUUUAUUAACUAUGCAACUAUAUUUAAUAAAAACAAAUUUAUUUUAUAAAAGAACUAGAAAAAAAUUUAAAAAAAAAAAAAAGUAAUAGAAUUAAAAAUACAUUUUUAUUUAAAAUUUUACUUGUGGUUAAUUUUUAUUUUGUUGGAAAUUUAAACAGUAGUGCAUAAUUACUCAAAACCUUAAGACUCAAUUAUUUGGAAAUUCUCAUAAUUUAAAAUUCCUAAUUAAUAGUUUUGAUCAACAUGUGAUUAAUGUUACUUAAAAAUAUAACAAUUGGUGUUUUCUAAUUAUUUUUUUAUUUAUUUAUUUUUUUAUCAUAAUUUACAAUUAGAACCAAAUUUGCUCUUGUAAUUUGACCAAAAUAAUAAUUUAUUCUCGUAAUAAAUACACUUUUAUUGUAAUAUGCUACCUAAAAAUUGUAAUUAUUUCUUUAAUAUCAAAGUUAACCCCAAGCAUUUUUAUAUCCUUUCAACUUUCAUAGUUUAAUAGGUGUGUGCAGACCUCAAUUUCUAGUCGAGCCUGAAACAAUUAGUGCCCCAAUAUUUGAAUAGUGUCCCUAUUUUUGCUUUUAACACAUUUAAGUUUAACAUACAUUCUUAUUAUAAAUGAAAAACUGAGUAGUAUUUAUUUAUAAAUACGUAUUUAAUUAUUUUAGUUAUACUUACACACAACAUUAAUGUACUAAUUUCUAGACAAAUUUUUUAAAGUUAAAAAUAAAAUGUUAUGAAUACAAUUAUGUAUAACAAAAAAAAAAUACAAUACCCAAAAUUUAAAAAAAAAAAAAACUUGAUUUAAUAUGCAAAAUUGUAUAUUCAUAUUAUAUUAAUACAUAAUACAUACAAUAUGUACCUACAUAAUAUAUGAACUUAGUAGUGUAUAAAUGUGUAAUUAUGUAAUAAUUUCAAUUAUAGAAGGAUUAUAAAUGAAUUUUCCUAUUUCCAUAAGCCAUAGUCUCUAGUUGUAUUACGUAGUUUGUGCACAAUGUUUUUGUGUGAUGAAUAAAUUGAUAAAAUGUAUGUAGUGGUACACAAAUAUUUUUAAUUUAAUUUCAUUAUUAUGACAAAUAUAAUUUUCAUGAUCUUUACAAACAUAUUGUUAUAAUUAAAAUAUAAUAUACACAAAUUUGAAAUUUUACUAUGCCCCUAAAAAGAUUUCUGUUGAGCCAGGUAUCGAUUGGAUUGCCCCAUGUGCACACCUAUGAUAAUCAUUAAAAUAGUAUUGAGAUCUAUUAAUUUAAAUAAAUAGUAGUAUGAGGACGACCAUAUUCAUAUUUUUUAGUUUUCUUAAUUGUAUAAUUAUUAAUUAAUAUACUACUUGAUAAAAAUUGUAUGAUUACCAAUAUUUUUAUAAUUUUCUUUUUAAUAUUAACUCAUUUAUUUUAUAAAUGACUGAAUACUAUUCAAAAAUAAAUAUAGUUAUUUAUAAAAAAUAAACCUAAUCUUAUCUUGUAUUUUACUAAGCAUGCCCAAUGCCCAUUUAAAGUUAGUUAUGAUUGUAUCAAAUAAUUUAUUUAUGUACAAAAUUCUGUAGCUAUAUUAAGCGUGUUUAUUUUAUUAAUAAUAUUAAUUGCCUUAUAUUAAUAAAAAUAUUUAUAACUAAAAUACUAUUAAAUUUUCUAAUAAGUAAAUACUAUACAACAUAUUUAUUGUAUACCCAAUAUUUAUUUUACAAAUAGUCAUAAUUGAUAGUUUAUAAAUUGAACAUUACAUUAGAAUAAACAUUUUACUUAUUCAUAGUCAUUAUAACAAUAUUAAAUUAAUUUUCUUGCAUGUUUAUUUUAUAUAUGUUUAUACAAACAAAUACAUAGUAUGGUAUUUUUAGCAUGUAACACUUUUUUUUUCUAACAAUAUUGUUUUUUGUAUUCUUAAUGACCCUAAUGUAUUUAGGUUAGUUAAAAAUAUUUAACACCAAACUUUGUCAAUAUUUUAAUCUCAUUAGUUUCUAAUAUUUUUAAAUUUUAAUGAGUUAUAGAUGUUUAUAAUCUUUUUAAUUUUAAAGUAUGAUAUAUAUGUAAUCCGUUUGGAUUGAUUAAAAACGUCAGAAUAUUAAGCAAAAUGUAGUGAAAGGAAAAAUUAUUUUAGCAAUUUAAAUAAAUUGUAGUAAAUUAUAGUAAUUUAAAUAAGUUAAAAUGGUACCUAUAAACUAUAAGUUCACUCGUAAUUUAGAUCAUAAUUAUUAAAUUUUAUAUACUAUUUGUCAUAAUUCAUUCUAAGAAGGUGCUAAUAUUAAAAUCAGAGUGAAUUGACUACUAAAAAUAUUAUGUAAUAUUAUGUAGAUGAGCUUCUAAUUGGUCUUUAUUGAUUUUAAAUGUGAAAAUAAGUUAUUCAUGAAUUAUAAUUUUUUUAAAAGUAUAAAUAAAAUCCUAUAAAAUGCA